GCGCAUAACUUCGGAGUGAGAAGGUGUGUUCGUUCGUCUUGCCGCUUCGUUUUCGACACGGAAAAAAUCAAUCGUAUUUUUGUAAACGACGAUCAUUGAAACGAUCGGCGAUCGCGUCGUUAGUAAAGUCAGCGGGACUGUCGGGUAAUAAGCGAGUAGUGUGUCGAAACGAUUUGUCAGUGAUAAACAGUUUGGUGGCGAGUCCUUCGUGAUCGAUUCCUGUGUGCAUUCUGUCAAGGUGUUUUCUACUAUUCCCCCGUCAGGAUAUUAUGCUACCGAUCGUGUGUGUCGCAAGAUCGUUUUGAUUCGAGGGGCACUCGACAACAGAUCGCCGGUAAAAUGUUACCACAGACCCCUGACAUCAUUCCUACAACUUUGAAUCAGGUACGUGGAAAAGCUUUAAAUACACAUGAAACUAAAAGUGAGACACCGACUAACGACAUAUGCAGUCAUUGCAAGGUAUGUAUUAGCAGUAUGGUCAUUUAUGGUUUUCCCGAAUGAAGUUUUACAAGUGUUGUCCUGGCAUCUGGGUCCGCUGUUUUACACAACGCAAAAAUGUGUAAAAGCGCGUGCCCUCUACGAUAACAUCGCAGAAGCUCCCGACGAAUUGGCAUUUCGGAAGGGUGAUGUUCUUACGGUACUGGAGCAAAAUACCGCUGGCCUGGAGGGUUGGUGGUUGUGUGCUCUCCGUGGUAGACAGGGCAUCUGUCCAGGAAAUCGAUUGAGACUUCUGGUUGGCCAAUACGAUACAGGGGGUUGUUUGGUUGGCAGCAGGGCUGACCUUACCACUUCUGAAGACGGUAUACAGAGGCAUGGCAAACGACGUAGUUGGCACGUUCAACCAAAUAGGGUGGUAACUCCGCAGAAGUGCGGCGACGUAUACCUUUACGAUCUUCCAGCGAGUCGGGCAAGUCCUGCACCACCCUCGAGGCACGAUUCACCCUUGAACUCGAAUAACGAGCAUUUGCACAACUCAGGACGGUACACGACGAGCAGCAGGAGUUCGGUGGACAACGGUGGCGACGUGAGCGAAUGUUACGAUGUGCCACCACGUGCGGUACCCGUGAUUCCAUCUCCAGCCAGCAGUCCGAGUCCUGCACCCUCGUGCUAUGAUAUACCAAGGCCACCCACAUCUUGCACUCCGAACUCGAACUGCUCUGGAGGAUCGGGAGUCACGCCUUUAGACUGCUACGACGUGCCUAGGUCGUUGCAACCCCUCACACCUAGCAGCUCUGCGUCCAGUCUUACGAAUGAUGGAUCUCUCAGUGGGUCGAACCGAUCGAGCCUGGCAGCACCCGAUUACGAUGUACCUCGAUCGCGUCUUCCAGCUUCCUCGUUACCGUCCCGGCACAACACACCCGUGCCAAAGACACCGACACCUCCACCCCCACCGCAAACGCAGCAAAUCUACGACGUUCCAGUUAGCAAGGAGCUUCCUCUGGAGCUGGACUCCGCUUUGGAAGGUCUGCAAAGGCUGCAGAGCGAGGCAUCUGCGGCGAUAGCCAGGUUACUCGGCUUCGUUAGCUCUGGAUGGAGAACGCCUCAACGAUUAGAUGCUACACUGAUGGAUCUUAGGCUCGCUGCUCUUAGGCUUAGAACGUCCUUGCAUGAUUUGGCUGAAUUUGCUGAAGGAACAUUGGGGAACGCGGGCAAGGCACCGGACAAGGGUCUAGCCACGAAAUUACGACCCCUGGUUAAAGCUCUACGCGAUUCCGACAAACUCGUACAGGAAGCCGCCACCGAAUUGGACGCGAUGGAAUGGGACGCAGAGAAACUCUGUCGCGGUGGUGGCGACACUCUGACACCUACUAACGGGCCACCUUCCACCAUUUUAUCGACGGUACAACCGGAUCCACUAGAUCAGCUGAUUGCGUGCGCACGAGCACUCACGGAAGACGUUCGCCAAGUUGCUAGUUUUAUUCAGGGUAACUCGACGCUGCUCUUCAAACGAUCGUCGAUCAUCUCGACCGGUAGCAGCAAUAACAGCGGUGCCGGCGAGGAUUACGAUUACGUAAAUUUAGACUCAAGGGAAGUGGUCGCGAAACAACGGGAAGAAGUGAGAGCAUCAUUGCCACAGGAACUCCGUAGUAAUUACGAUCUCCUUGUAUCCGAGUCGGACAAUGCAACGAUUCAAAUGCCACCUACAACACCGACACCCAUGGAUCCUAACGACAAACAAUUGCUGGCUUUCUAUGCCGCCCAGGUGAUCACGCAUGGCAACCACCUGACUCAUGCCAUUGACGCCUUCAUGCAAACGGUCGAACACAACCAACCACCCAAGGUGUUUCUGGCUCACGGAAAAUUCGUGGUGUUAAGCGCUCACAGGCUGGUGCACAUCGGUGACACGGUACACAGAAACGUGACAAGGAACGAUGUGAGAACACGCGUGUUGCAAUGUGCGAACGCAUUGAACGAAGCUUUAGCACAAACCGUGUCGAAGACAAAACAGGCAGCUCAAUUCUUUCCCAGCGUAUCCGCGGUUCAAGAGAUGGUCGACAGCGUGGUGGACGUCUCACAUCUGGCCAAGGAUCUGAAGGUCGCAAUGAUUCACGCCGCGCAACAACCAUGAGCGCUCAAACAUCAGAUCCUCAUCUUAAAUACGGAAGAAGCUCGGCGAUGCGUUAGCUGAGAACAAUUUGCCAUUAUUCUUGGGAGAGACUAUGUGCGCACGAAACCCGCCGCUCCUUCAAGUUCCUUGGAUUGGUUGGCAAUCCUAAUAAUGAUCAAACAGUUUCUGCCUAUAGAAGCAUUGCGAAAAUUAUCAAAAGAAUCACGAGUAAAAUGCUACAGUCUAUAUCGUAGAUGUGUAUUUACUGCCGAUUUGAUAGAAACGAGCAGCUAACUGUUAAUGUUCGACAUCUUUAAUCGUCGAGUCCAAAAUGUUUAAAGACGAGAAAGGAUCAAUGAGAAUUGUCGUUCAUUUGUAGAUCAAUUUGGGUGUAUGGGCUAGGUGACUCAGAUUCGAAUAGAACGUAGAAAUUUAAACUUCUGAUCAUGUAAUCGAUGAAAAAGCGAAAUUGGAUCACGGGAAUUGUUCUGACUUCCUUUUUCGUUCGACCAAAACUAGACCCUUCCCUCUUUAUCACAAUAAAGAGCUCUCGAGGCCUAUCGUUACUUAGAGAUACACAACUGCCAAAGCCACAGGUACAUAGAACGUAAGGGAACCUCUUUCGAGACAAGCAUUUUUGUAAUGUACUCGAGAAUAUAGAGAACGUAGACUUUUAUAGAGAAUAUGUAAUCGUGUCGUUCGUUAGCUGAAGAUGUGGAGCAAAUUAAACGACUAAGAUAAUAGCGCGUAUAGAACGUGUUCGAAACGAUUCUCGGGAUCGUCGAUUAACAGGAGACUCGUUUCGAACGUGAUGCGGCAUUGUCGUUACCAGCGUGUUAAUUAUUAUCAUAGAUGUGUACUGCGGGAAAACGUUUUCGUUUAGAAACAUGUUCACGCGUUACUGUGAAAUGAGGAUAUUGGUUGAACGUUAUAUCGUUAAAAAAGACGCAAACAAGUAGAAAAAAGUACGAAAGACCACAACAAUUACCAGAAAAGAGCCACAAAUGCAAUAUGGAAUUUUCUACAAUUAAGCAGCGAGGUUUAUUAUAUUUAUACAAAAAAAUUUCAUUGUGAACAACGCAAAAUCUGUCUUUUCGAAGGCCAAUUUUAAGCGAAUUUUGUACAACUUUAUUAACGAGGCACGACUUUUUCGUGCUCGAGGCCAUUUUACGGCUCUUCCAUGAUUAUUCAAACGAUCGUAAACGCACAGCGAAGACUUACAAAAAGAACCAUUAAAUUUGUAGAUGUUUACAAUCAUUUGGAUCAUACGAUUCGAUUGCAAUCGAACUCCCCUUACAGGAGUAACGAAAACAAUAACUUGAAAACGAUACGCCUUAUACACGGUCACUUUAUCAAUUAACAUUGGAUCAAGGCUCCUGCUGGUUAUAAAACUUUCAUCGAAUCGUUCUUUAUCGUAGAAGCUAGUUAUUGGCUUAAAAUAUACUUUUAUAAUUGGCAGGACUUUAUUGAGGAAAAAUGUUCGCAGAAAAUAUAGUGAAAUUCUUUUCGUUUCACUGUAUCUUCCAAACCGCUUAAUUAGGCAAAUGAUUUUCUUCGACUGUGAAACUAAUCUACCUUAACAUUUGAGAGAUAAUCGACGUACAUUUUUAACGCAAUUUCGAAGUCGAUAUAUCUUUCAAAGUAUUUACUUUUCGCCUUCAAAGACUUUUGUCUCGUUCUUUUUCUUUGAAUCGGCGAAAAUCAUUGAAAUGAAGAGGUACAAUAUCGAGGAAUGUUUCAGCCGAUCGUUCGCAUUUUAGAGCAUUUGCUACGAUAUAGCUACGUGUAGUUUAUUUUUUAGAAACCAUAUAACCGAGCAUAUCGCGUGAACACUCGUUUAUGGAACUUGUAUUAUAAUUUAUUGGCGAAGUAUAUUUGUAAGAUAAAAUACAUUUUUCAGGCAGUUAGAGUUACUGUAUAUUUAGAAUUUAUACAUAGUCGAUACCAAUAGGUGCUUAUCACAUUCUCGUUGAAUCUUAUUCCGAUAAUCGUGGUGUGCUAUUAGAUGAACUAUUUCUUUUAAUAUAUAUAUAUAUAUUUUUAAAGAACGCAUAAAUUAUGCAUUAUCUUUAUUACUUUGAGUAAUUUCAAUUGAUUGUACUUGGUACCUGGAAUUUCUUCUUACUGAAUUACCUUAGAAUCAAAUAACCGUGAAAAGAUUUUGUUACUAGCGAAGACUUCCAGUCGGACUUUUAGUUCAACGAUUUAUUGUUAAUUAUUAUUGUGUUAAAUUUUAAAUACCUAUCAUUGUAAUUAGUAAUCUUAAAUUGUAUCGAGAAAUCAAUUAAUUGACGCCUAAGUUUUGAUCGGUGUAUCCUACGAACUGAAUCAAUUAUGUUAUUUUAAAGACAUUUAAUGUGUACAUAAGUAUAUUUAUAUAUAUAUACAUACAUAUGUAUAUUACAAUUAUUCCUAUUAUGAUGUAUACACAAUACAAUAAUGUACCAACGCAGCAGUUACACAAAAAUGUUUGAAAUUGUGCAAUUGUCAAGUUUUAAUUUUUAAGCAUCGAAUUAUACUCAAGGAAAUAUACAAAGUAUUUAGAGCUAGAAGAAAUUAGAAUUGUUUUACAUAAAGUAGAUGCAGACGUUUUUCAAAAAGGUGACAUUUGAUUCGCUUGGUAAAAUCUGGAUAAUAAUUUUGUAUACUGGCGCGUUACUUGUAUAUUAUAAUUUCAAUGGUUCAAUAAAGAUUAAUUGAAUAUGCA